AUGGCAAAGAAACCUAGCAUGGGUCGUCAAAAGAUCAAAAUUGCAAUCAUCUCCAAGUUACCUUCUCAAAACGCCGUUCUGAUUCUUUCUGAGCUUGAAGUUGAAAAGAAAAGAGGAGAAUCACUUGAUCAAAUGGGUGCAUACAGAUGGCGAACAAGGAUAUGGCUUUUGUCAUGGGCACAAGCUUCUGUUCACUUCUCCGUUUCAGUUUUUUGGAUCCUUUGGGCUCCGACCAUUGUGGCAGAUGGCAGAGAGGUUCUGCUAGGUUUAAUAUAUCCGUGUUUGCUCGGCACUAAGAUAGGAAGCACUGCAUUUCCGUGGUUCUUCAAUGGACCUUUAUCACUUCGAACAGAGGACUGCUUAGUGUAUGCUUUUGUUGUUAUGGGAUUCGUCAUGUCCAUCGUAGCUUAUGAUUAUCAGGAAAUAAAAGUUCUUGUGAUGCUAUUCUCAAUAUUUCAUGCUUGCAUGGGACUGGUUUUGCCUUCAUUUGCCAGAUUGAGAACCAUGUACGUGCCUAAUGAACUUCGCGGAGGAAUGAUGAGUUUAUCUCUUGCUCCUUCAAAUGCUCUCGUGUUAUUUUUUCUAGUGCAGAGAGGUUGCUACCCGAAUAUUGAAAAUUCAACCAUGAUAGCAACAGCUGCAGUUGGUCUCUUUUCCGCUGCUGGAUGCAUGUAUAUGUUGAAGCGGCUGGGAAAGCAACCACACCAGAACUGGCAUAAGUUGUGA